AUGCGGUAAAAAUAACACUUUAUUUGUUACUAAUAUGUAUUGUAAUUUGGUAUUUAAAAUAAUUCCAUAAUAUUUUUUUAAACUAUCUAGUUUAAAUAUAUUACAAGUAUGAAUUGUGACGAAUUCGGCGAUGGUUUGGAUAACGACUGUGUCAUAAAUCCUGCAAAGGAUCCUGUAAAUUCUAAAACAUUUGGUAUUAAUCGAAGAUCGAAGUUUGGAAGAAAAGUAAGUAGUUCUUAAGAUUAGUUUAUACGUUAGUAUAAAUGUUUCGAGGUCAUUAAUUUUGAUUGUGCCAAUAAAUUAUUUCCUUUUUGGAUUAUAAAUAAUACAGCUCUUAGAUGUAUGAGCUAACCUUAAAACUCCGAAUGCAGCUGGUAAAACUGUAAAAACAUAAUUCUUAUAAUCAUACAAGUCAUUAAGUGUGCACUGUGUUAGAAUAGCGAAUGUGUAAGACCAUCAUUAUAUAUUUGAUUUGGAGUAUUUGGACUAGGUAGGUAGUAUAGAUAAAAAUAAUGAAAGAUAAAUUCCAGUUACAUAAUAAAUAGUUAUAUUAUCAUGUUAUUGUUUAAUAAUAACAUUUUGUCUUUGUUAGAAAUAUUGUAUAUUGUAUAUUCUUUACAAUUUGUAUUCUACAUUAUUUAUUGUUUUAUUUUAUAUUACUGAGAUGGAAUUUAGUACUUAUUUCAAAUUUUGUAUAAAUUGUCUAUAAUUUUGUUAACUAAGUACUUAAAACAAUAUUUGUUCAUUUUAUUUAUUAUUUUUUUAAGGGCGGGGGGGGGAUAGUUUUACCAUUCCAAUACUUGGGUAUUUUGUUAUUUGGGUUGGCUUUAAUUUAUGGUUGAUAUAAUGUUGAAUUGUGUUCUUUAGGAUGAAAACUUUGCUAAAACCAAUGGAAAGAAUGGACAUUUUCAAAAGAAAAAUGCGGAUGACAAAAAUGGAUAUAAAUCUUCAAUGUUUAGAAAUAAUCCACAAGUACCUGCAGCUCAAACCAAGGCCAUAUUCAGUAAACAAGUUGACAGUGUUACGGUCCAAAAAAAUAAAAACUCAUUGUUUUCCACUUCAACCUAUAAAGAUUUAACAGUUCUGCAUGCGCAUAUGGUUAGUAAUAAACCAUUAUUUUGAAAUUUGUUUUAUUGUUCCUUAAUAUUAUUAUUGAAAAGUUUUUAAGAUUUAAAGUAAUUAUGGUUUAGCAUUUAAACAAUAUUGUACACUGUUUUAUCAUUAUUUAUAAAUAUUAAUAAUUGUGAACUAUGUAUUGAAAAAACUGCUUUCAAAGCCGCUAGUAACUUUUGUAAUAGGCUAUUUUAACAACUUUUAAAUCAGAUUUUUCAAAUGGUCUAUUCUUAUUUGUAAAAUAACUUAUUUCAAACUAAAACAGUGUAACAUCAAAUAGUAAAUAUACUAAUAUAAGAAUUUACACAAUAUACUUUUUCAAUUAAAUUAUAUUUAAGAGAAAUUACCUCAUAGAUGUAGAUGAUUUAUUUUUAUCAGCUAUACACAUGACAAUUUGUAAUUUUAUCAACAAUAGUAUGUCAUUUGAUAUCUCAAUUUUUAAACAAUAUAUACAAUUCAUAACAACUGUAGUGUAAAAUAAUGUAAUGUUAUUACUUUUUUUAAUUUUAUUUGCUAUUAGAUAGCGAAUUUGGAACAGACACUAGGAGUUACUAAACUGACAACUGUUCAAAGCCAAACAAUACCUGUUUUACAAUCCGGUAAAGAUGCUAUGGUUCAAUCUGAGACUGGCAGUGGUAAAACAUUUGCUUACGCUGUACCACUUAUUGAGUCAUUACAUAAUAUUCGACCAAAAUUAACUCGAACCGAUGGUCUCCGGGCAUUAAUUAUUUUACCAACCAGAGAAUUAGCAUUACAGACUUAUGAAAAUUUUAUCAAAUUAUUAAAAGUAAUAUAUUUGUUUUAUUAAAUUAAAUAUAUAUAAUUCAAUAAUAAAAUUGAUUAUUUUCUUAUACGUGAAUGAACAUGAUUUUAUAGCCUUACACAUGGCUUGUACCUGGUAUAUUUACGGGUGGUGAGAAACGAAAAUCUGAAAAAGCUCGUAUGAGAAAAGGUAUCACGAUACUUAUUGGAACACCAGGGCGAUUGUUGGAUCACGCAAUGAACACCAAGUCAAUAUCAUUUAAAUCGCUUCAAUGGUUAGUGAUUGAUGAAGCAGAUCGAAUGUUGGAUCUUGGAUAUGAAAAGGAUAUUACUGGGUAAAAUAAAAAUAAUUUUCUUUGUUUUUUGCAUGUUUGGACACGUAUAUAAGAUAGGUCUCAUAUAGUUUUUGUGUCUGAUUACUAUUCUUCUAUAGAAGAAUAUUCAUCAUAUUUAAAUUUGAGAAUUUUUUGUUCACUUCAGUUUACUUUCUCUUUAUAUGUUUAUUUUGAAAUUAUUUUUAGUAAAUAAAUCAAAUAUAAAGUAAUGACACCACUCUCUAUUUAAGUUGCAUUUUUGUAAAAAAUAUGUAUGCUGGUAUAUAAAUAUUUCCAAUUCUAUUUGAUUUUUAAUUAAUUGUCUUCUUUUUUUUUUAGUAUUUUAUCUGUAGUUGAUGAACAGCGUGAGGAGUCUGUAUCUCGGCAAACAGUUUUAUUAUCGGCAACUUUGUCUGAAGGAGUACAGCGGUUAGCAGGAUUAUCAUUAAAAGAUCCUGUUUAUAUUGAUGCAUCUUCUACUGGAGAUACAGACCCAGAAUGCUUGGCAAUACCAGACAGUCUUUUACAAUAUUAUGUCAUAGCACCACCUAAAUUAAGAUUAGUGACACUUUCUGGUGUUUUGUUGCAAAAAUUACAAGUAAGGCUUUAAUUCUAAAUCUAGUAUAACAUAAGUAACUGUAGCCAAAUAUAAUUUAUUAAUAAAUACAUAUUAUUUUCAUAGAAAGGUCAAGUGUCUAGUAAAACAUUGAUUUUUAUGGCUACUCAAGAUAUGGUUGAUUUUUAUACAGAAUUAUUGACUACUGUACUGACUUGCUUAACUAUGUUUAAACUUCAUGGAAAUAUGACUCAAGUUGAACGCACAGAAGUUUUUAAAUCAUUUAAAGCUGCAAAUCACGGAGUAUUAUUUUGCACGGUAUAAAUAUUUUUAUGUAAAGAUUGGGUGAAUUAUUUAAUUUCAUUGUAUGGAAAAUAAAAUGGUAAAACAAAAAAAUAUGUUUAAUUAAUUUGAUAUAAGUGUAUAGUGAUUUACAUUUUCAAUUCAGUAGAUCAUCCUUAAUAAUAAUUAAAAAAUUAUUCAUAUUUUGGUAAAAAAUACUUCCUUUAGGAAUAUACAAAGAAAAAAGAACUAUAUAUUUUUUUAUUUGAAUAAAAUACCAAAAUUGAAUGUUAAAAUUAGAUAUUUAACCUUUUUAUCAGAAAUUUUUUUUUUAUUAAAUAAUAUAUACAAUUUGUAAAAAAAAAUUACAUCAAAAGAAUUAAUGAAAGUUGCUCAGAAUUGUAAUAAAUAGAGACAAAUUACAAGUACAUAUAAGUUUAAUAAUAACUCGGAGAUUGGUAAUUAUUGAAUAAUUUGGUAAAUUAUCAAAAUGAUCAAUAAUUUUGAUAAUCAUCACUAUCUUAUUAGUUAAUUUAAAGCAAAAGAGAAAAUGUAUUAGGUGUUAAAGUAUUUAAAUAAUACUAUGUAUAUAGAAUCAAAAAUCUGUUUAUUGUUAGAAAAAAUUAAUAUAUAAACAAAUAAAAAUAAAUAACAACAUAGUUUUAAUUGAUUUUUAAAUAUAUUUUAUAAAUUAAUAAUUUUGUCUAUUUUUUAGAAAUAAUGUUAUUCAAUUUUUUUAAUAAUAUUAUCUUGGAUAUCUGUUGAUAAACUCAGUAUAAUGUUGAAAUAAAAGUUUUGAAAUUCAGUUUAUUAUAUUGGUGGUGUUUUGGCAAAAUGGUCUAAUUAAUAUUUGUAUAGGUUUUCAAGAGAGUGAAAAAACCUGUUUUUGUUAUACAUUUUGAGCUUUAAUAACUUUUUUGGAGUUAUUUUUGAGAUUUUUCAUGUAAAUUUUUGUCGCUUUUAUAGCAAAUUAAUAUUCAAUUAGUUAUAAUUAUUAUUGAAACAUGAAGAACAUACAUUAGGUAUAUGGAAUAAUUUAAAAUUUGUCCCUUUUGAUUGUUUUGCAGUUUGACAUGUGUUAUAAUGUUGCUUAGUUCACAUACAUUUACUAUUGGUGUUAAGUCCUGAAAAAUCUCGUUUAGAUCCGUGAUUUACAGCUUACCCAUUAUAAAAUGAUAUUCAAAUCUCAAAUUAAAAAAUUAUCUUUAGUUUGAAAUGGCCACUCUAAAGUAAGAGUUGGACCAGACAAUACACCUAUGUACCCUUUAUCCGGUUAAUAUAUAAACUAUCGAUUAGCCUCUAAGUGAAGCUUGAACCUUUUGGUCUAAAUACCAUUGAUAUCUCCCAAGAAUCUCAGCAAAUUAAUAUUUGGUUGAAUUUUAAGAUUUUAUUGAUUGAUAUGACAAUAUUUAGCAAUUUAUUAAUAUUUCAAUUAUUAACAAUAAUAAAAUUAGUUAUAUUUAUUAAAAUUUCCAGGAUGUGGCAUCUAGAGGGCUAGAUUUACCUUUAGUUGAUCGUAUAAUUCAGUUCAAUGCACCGAUAACACCUACAGAUUACGUUCAUAGAGUUGGUCGUACCGCACGGGUUGGUCAGAAAGGAGAAGCUACUUUAUUCUUAACUCCACAUGAAGCCAUGUUUAUAGCUAAACUUCAAGACCAUUCUAUUGUGUAAGACCAAAUAAAAAUAUAAAACUAGAAUAAAAUACUAUUGAAAUUAACAAUUUAACGUUUAUUACAAAUUAAAUAUAUAAAAAAAAAGAUUUUUAUUUUUUAAAUAAAUUUAUAAUUUUUUUUUUUAUACUGUUCAUAAGGUUAAUUAAUAACCUUAAGAGGACGCCACACCAACAUCUAUUGUCUCUGUCUUACAAACGCCGAGACAUAGCAAAUUUGUGUUUUGUAGGACACAUUUUGUGCCGUUAGUUUUAUUAUAGACGCAAAUUGAUCUAUUACUAAAAUUAAAGGUAAGAAGAUUAUAAUAUGCUCUAGCGUUGAUGAUUUUUCAAUAUUUUUAUUUUUAAAUGUGAUAUGAGUAUGUUAAAUAGUAGAAUUUAAAAAUGAUUAUAUCUUGCUUAAAAAUUAAAAUAUCAAAAAAUCAUCACCUUUCUUAUCUUUAAUUUUGGUAAUGGGGCAAUUUGCUUUAAUAUUAAAAUAAGCUGACAAAAUGUGUCCUGCUGAACUUAAAUUUACUAUGUUUCGCGUUUGUAAGAUGGAGACAGUAGAUGUCGGUGUGGCGUCCUCUCAAGAGAUUUAGUAAAAUCGUUGUAAAUUGCGCAAAAUGUUGUUUCUUUGACUCUUUGGUACAUUUAAAUGUUUUUAGUGUUUAUACUAUAAUUUUAACACUGGUAAAAUUUGUUUGUGUAUUAUGAGUAAACUACAAGUUUUAUAAAAUAUAUAUUAUUUUUAUUUUUGUAUUGAUUAUAAUAAAAACCAAAACAAAAUAAUUGGAAAAACAAAUGAUUCAAAAUAUAGAUUUUUCUUUAUAAAUUGUGUAAUGAAUAGUUACUAUAUACUUUAAGUUUAACUAGAGAGUGAGCAUUUUAUAAAUAUUUUAUGUAUUUGAAAGAAAAAAAAAUAUUCAUAUAAAGAUCCUCUUCUUAAAUAUGUUAUUUAUGUUAUUGAUAUAAUAUACAACUUAUUUUGAUGAUUAAAUUUUAGAGCUUCUGAAUUGAAAAUGGAUAAAUGUUUGACAUCAAUUCUUACUAUGGAAUUUGAAGGUGUAAGUAUUUUGUAGAAAUCAUUAUAUUUGUAAUUUAUUCAUAAUACUUGUAUUUUUCAUCUUAUUUAUAUUGGUCUUUAAAAAUUAAACAAAAUUUAUUUUUUAUUUAGGAAUAUGUAAAAACAGCAGAGAUGGCUGCUAAUAUUUUACAGUCUCGUUUUGAAACUGCAGUUCUCGAACAAGACCGCUUACACGAAUUGGGCUGUAAAGGUAAUUAAAAAAAAAUAAAUAGAUUUUUACAUUUAUAAACAAAUACUUAGUACUAAUAAAUAACUACUAACCUAUAAUAAUGGUAUAUCCUUUAACAAUACCAGCUCUGUUUAAAAUAUUACUCUUAUAAAUCUUUACAUAUAACAGAUACAUUUCUUGACAAGCUUAAACCGCCUUAAUUGCACCUCCCAUAAAACCACCAGUGAUUUAUACUAUAUCUAAUUAAUACAUUUUUAAUAUAUAAUUUGUGUUUUAGAUAAUUGAUUAGAUUCACUCUUGAAUAUAUUUUUAUUUUUAUAAUUUGUAUGCCAUUGCUACUUAUUCUUAUUUAUUUUUAAUGUUAAAAUAUGUUUUUAUUUUUAUUAUAUAGCUUUUAAGUCUUGGGUCAGAUCUUACGCAAGUUACCCAAAAACUAGUCGAGAAGUAUUCAAUUUCAAAGACUGCCAUCUUGGUCACUAUGCCAAGAGUUUUGCCAUACGUGAUGCGCCAAGAAUAAUUGGAGGGAUUGGUAAACCUAAAAAAGAUCCCAGAAUGAAGUGAGUACAGCUGUUUAAUUUUGAAUUUAACUAUAAACUACUUCUUCUUCAUACAUGUUUUAAAUAUCAUCAUUUUUUAAAUUAAUAAUUAAAACUGAUUAAGUAGGUUUAGAUCAAUUGAGUAUUAUGUAUUGGGUUGAACAUUUCAUUUGGAUAGAGUUAAAAUAUUUUGUGGUGUUAGUUCAACUACAUCGAAGUCAAAAUUAUGCAUUCUAUACUACUUAAAAAUAUACAUUAUCAUGCUAUUAAUUCAGUCUCGGCACAAUAAUGACAACAGUGAAUAAUUUGUUAACUGACUUUUUAUACAAUUAUUUCAAUUGAUUUUUCACAACUACUCAUAGUUUGUCUGGUUAGAGAGGUGUAUAUUAUAUUGAUAAGGUCUGGUGGAGUGGAAAAUUGUUGUUGAAAAUAAAAUUGUAAGUUUAAUUUUACACAUAUUUUUCCUUUGGUUCUGGUAAUCGAUUCACAAGAUACGAUUGUUAGUGUUCUGAACGUUAAGUGAAACUAUUUUUGGCCUUAAAACGUUUCAUUAUAGAUUACUGUUGGUUAUGUCAUGUUAUAUUCAAGGUAGUCAAAUUGCAGUAGGUGCCUACUUUAAUAUUUGUAAUAAAUACAUUUUGUGUGUUAAGCAAAAAUUUUUAAAAUAAUAAUCUAUUGGUCCUUGGGUAUAUUUAGAUAGAACUACUUGUAUAACCCAGGCACCCGGACCAAAGAUAUGUUUAAGUAAAUUGCAUUGAAAAAAAAAAAAAUAAUUAAAUUAUGGAUUAACAUUGCUCACAUUUUGGAAAUAAAAUAACAAAAUGUGAUAGGAUAGGAAGUUGGCAAUCUAAAUGUUCACGCUGUCGGUUUUUGGUGCUUUGUGGCUUUGAAUAAUCAUUUGACUACGGAAACCGAAAUAGAAGUGUUGUUAACAAAUAUUCAUUUUUCUGGCCGGAAGAUUUGCACUGUUUUGCUCCUCUCGUAUAAGUACCCGAUUGUUCCGAUCGGUGCGUGAUAAUCGAUUUUAAACACAAAGGACGACAGCAAAAGUGUGAAAAUGGAACGGUUUUCCUUCAAUCACAGUCUACUUUCCAUUGUGUAAAUUAUGGUAGUAUGAUUAUUGUGUUCAGCUUACUGAAAAAUUACUCUUAAUUUGUUUUCUCGACCAAGAAGAAGCAGAAGAAGAGGGAUAAUAUAUUAUGUUUGUUGCUGCAACAACGACGGUGUUUUUUUUUUUUUUUACUAUUAUUUUAUUAUUAUAUUUUUUUAUAAACAGUUUAAAUCUGAAAUUCAAUGUAAACAAAAACUGAGCGGUAAAAACAAAAGUUUGGAUUCUUAAAAUAUGUAAUGAUUAGAGUUAUUGCAUUUGCAACUUUUUUCUACAUUUUCAAUUUAUUGCUAAUUAAGUUUUAAAUAUACGUUUCAUAUAAGUACGAAUUCAAAUCUAGAAGUUUUAAGUGCAAUGUUUGCAAUUUUGUUGAAUUUACUCAUUUACACGACUAUUUUAGCUAUAUUCGACACUUGAUAAUUGUAUAGAUAAGAUUAUACUAUAAUAUUGUCAGCUAUAAAAUCUAAUAAUGGUAUCAUAUUUUUAUUUUGAUAAUUCCAAGUUGGUAGGUAUUCAAUACAAUACGAAAAUAAUUUGUGAAAUGUGACUGUUUGAUUGUUAUAAUCUGUUCUUCAAUCAAUUUAGAGUGAUCGUGUUUUGUUCUUGUUUUGUAAAUAUGCCGAAAAUUAAGCCAAAUAUUUCCAUUUUUAUAAAAAAAAUUGUAAUUUUUUAAUGUGCAAUUCUGUAAUCAAUUUCAGUAGUUUUUUACUACUACAAUAUCCGUGCUCUAGUAAUGAUCAACGUGUUGAUAUUUUUAUAAUUGCUGACUGUUGAGUCUUAAGGAUUUCUAGACUUGGGGGUUUCUCCCCCUCCCCCUAAAAACUUAAAAUGUUAUUUUAAGUUAUUUUAGUAAUAACGCUAAUGUAAGAACUAAUAAUUAGUAUCCAUUAUAAGUAUAAUAAUAUAAAUGUCCACUAUUAGUUUAUAGAAAUAAAAGAAUUUAAAUUAUGUCAUAAAAUUCAAAGAAGUUAUCAUUAAUCACUAGGAAAGAGGACCCUCCUCCCUAAUACCAGAUAUUAUAAUUUAUGUAAUAAAAACAAACAAGUCUUGUGAUAACAUUUUACUUUUAGAUUAUAUUUUUCUGGAAUAAGUAGGAAAGUAGGUAAUAAUUAGUUUGAACAUUAAUUUUGUUAUUUUUACGAUUAUCAGAAAUAGUUUCAGAGAAUUAGAAAUAGUGUUGAAGGUCAGACACUGGUUAUCUCAGUGGUAGAUCAAUCGCCAGAUAAACUUCUGGGAAUUUCUGCUCCAGCUAAACUCCGUAAAUGUCAACUUAUUGAUUAUUACAUAAUUUUGAUAAAUAUGAAAUUUGUUUGGAAUAUAAUCAUAUGAUUCCAACAAUAACGUACCUAUUUCAUAUUGAAAACAAUCUUAAUCCAGUGCUCAAACAUAUUAUAGCCCUUUAUGUUUUUCCUGCCAAACGUAGUAUGAUACAUUUGUAUAACGUGUUAUACAAAAAAGUCAUAAGGCCAAAUGCGCUAUAUUCCAGAUAAAGCAUACAUAUAGUGUCCAAAUGUUUGUUCUUCUCCCAAUAUUUUUGACCGCAGAAGAAAUAUCGUUGAGUAUUAUAUAGGUAGACACAUAAUCCCAGAUAAUUCGGUGAGUGUUAUAAAAUAUGUCUUAAGUCAAUCUAUCUGAUCCUCAAUUCUUAACUUGAUACACGUGUAUUGUACCUAAUAUAAUGUAACUUUAAAGCGAUACUAAUAUUACAGAUUUUAUAAAGUCAUGGUUUUGACCUAAGUGAUACAUACCAUAACACAGUAUAUAAAUUUUAAAAAUGUAGUUACUAAUGACAUUAUGUCAAUCUUUGACUUAAGACUUUUUUAUACCAUGCACCAUUUUUUUGAGAUAUAAUGUUGAGCUAAUAAUUGUAGAGCUAGGUGUGCUUACAUAUUAUAGUCGCCAGGAAAAUCGAGAAUAUUUUAUAUAUAUAGACAUGUAAUAGUGUAUAAAAUGUAAUUUUCAAAAAAAUAAUAAUAACGAUACGCAUAGGUAUUGUGUUUGUAUAUUGGUAGGUAUUAUGUAUUAUUGUCAGGCCUUAUUACCCACCGAUAUAUAAUAAUGCGUCGCCGUGUAUGUAUAAUAAUAAAUAAUAUUAUAUUAUACUAUAUGUAUAUACUUAAAUAUACGCGUCACUGGAUUAUUGUUAUCAUUAUUUUUUUUUUUUUUUUAAUUUUCCGUCUGCCAGAUGAAACGCUCCUGAAACGAUCUAUUAUAUACCUAUAAAAUCUAUAUAGAUGGAUAUUGUGAUGUGAUGCCUCCGUCGCGCGUCGUCGUCGUAGUCGUUAUUAAGGAACGGGCACACCGGAUCCGUUCGGUAAUGUUCACAGUCUCGCGUCCCGUGACUUGGGGAUUCUGACUUUGGCCGCUGCGCAAGUCCAGCCCUUUCUUUCCGUUCAGUCCGUGAGUCGUGAGUCCGUUUUCGAUCGAUUUCGCUUACACCCGAGGCACGUUGACGGGAGGUUAGAAAACCGAACCGAGCGGAUGCGGUGCAAUGAUGUUUUUGUAACACGCUCGUCGUGUAUUACACGCUGAAUAAUUUAACCGAACGUGAACGGAACUGAACCGAGCCGAACGGAUCCGGUGUGCUCGCCCCUUAUUAAUAUCGUUGUGUAUUAGUAUUAUUGUAUAGCAGUGUAGAGAUCCCGAUUGUUGUUAUUUAUAUUUUGUUAUUAUUAGUUCUACGGUUUGCAGCAACAAUGCCGAUGAUGCCGUAGUGUUGUAUGUAUUAUAUACCUGUAUAGGUACUCGAAAAGACUUUGGUUACAGGUCAAUUGUUAUUGUCAGAGCGGUUCAGCUGGAAAAUCGGAGCUCUCGGGUAUUAUAUUUUACCGGUCGGUCGGUCUGGUCUUUCGGGGGUAUGGUGACGGAGGGAGGGAGGGGGACUAAGCAACAAUAAGAUAUCCAAUUAUUUGGCCCAGGCCAAUUACCGAUUGGAUGUGCGCGCCUUGGGUUUCCCGAUUAUGUAACCGCAUAUGCGCCACAUAAUCUUCAAGGACGAGCGAUUGGAACGUAACAAUAAUUUUUCGUGUCCUUUUUCCGUUUCGUUUUUUUUUAAACGCCAACGAAAGUGUAUUUAUUAUAAUUUAAUAUAUUCCAACAUCAACACGCGUACAUAAUAAAUGCGAUCUCUACUACUACUGUUGCGCGUAAAGGGAUCAGGUAUUAUCGGACUCGUAAAAGUUAAACCUACCUAUACUUUUUAUAAGUAUUAUAUGAAUAAAUAAAUAAAUGUAAUAAUAAAUAAAUAAUAAUAAUAAAUAUUAUAUGAAUAAUAGACGACGUAUUUAUUGAGUGCGACUGCGCAGAUACUUUGAAUACAUUUUUAUCAUAAAUACGUUUUAGAUUCUUAAUGUAACGACUAACGAGGAAUGUAUUUUUUUUUACUAUGAUAUUAUUAAGUGUUUAAUUUUUUUUAAUUUUCUGUCUUUAAACAACUUGUCUACCAGAAAUUUUGCUUUAAUUUUAAAACGACAAGAGAUUUUUGUGGAAUUUCGGAUCUAGUCGGUACAUUUUUUAGAGGUCAAUUAUUGAUUUUCCAAGUGGUUUUCAACACAAUUGGGAUAAACGAACAAAUUUACGGCGUUUUACGAUCUCAUUAUUUCGAUUUGGUUUUUCCACUAAAAAUUUUGCACUGAAAUUCAGGUGUAGCAUAUUUUCUAAAAAAGUUUUUUUUUAUUUUCCGUAUAGUUUUCUUAAUGAUUGGGCAAAGCCGUGAACAGACGUAGGAAAAACUGGAAAGUUUACGGAAAUAACGAUUCUAUUAUUUUUAAUUUUGUUUUAAUGUUCUUAUUCGGUUAAAAAUAAUUCUGAAAACCUUAACUUUAAAUUUAACUUUUACAGACGUGGUAAAAGUUUAAAAAUAUUCUAAUAAUUUGUGUGAUAUUUGUUGACAUUUUACAUUUUCUAGUAUUUUUUAAUUUUUAAUUUGGUAGGUUUUAUGUUGAUAAAAUUGUUUGAUUAAAAAUAAGUGCUUGACUAUUUACAAUAAGUUGAGCGUAAUGUUGUAGUUUUAUUUUUUAAUCAUUUUAAGAUCAAAUAUUGAUGAAAAUCGUGGAUAUUACGGCAUUUUAAUUAAAACAUGUAUUAUGGAAUUUCGUUCAGAAUCGUACUUCGUUAGCAAUGGUUUAUCGUUCCUACACAUAUAAAUUAAUUAACUUAAUGUAUCCUACCUUCUCAACUUUUACACAACACUUACAGCAGUAACGCACUCAUCAGCACUAUCAGUUAGAUUAGGUUAUUUAAAAUUAUUAUUGGAACUGAAAAUUAUUAAUUAUAGCAAUUUGCGGUAUUGAUGUUAUAACUCAAAAUUUGCGAAAUUGAACGGCGUGUUUGGAAAAUGAGUACGGUAUUAGUUAAAAAGAGCUGAUACUGCAGCUGAUGGAUGUGUCAGUAUUCCACUGUUGUGGGUUGGAAGUUAAGAAGGUAGGUUACAUAAAGUAUAUAUCAAACGGUAUUUACAUAUCAGUUUCAUGGGUUACGCGAUAACAAUGAAUACAGCAAAUACAUUGGUACAUGGUACUGUUUGGAUUAUAAUGGCUUAAAAUAAAACAAAAAAAAGUGGGAUCCUCAUUGGUGAUUUGCAUCAACAUAAUUAUUUACAUACAUUUUUCCCAAAUUAAAUUAUUGUUACUUGUUAGUAUAAUAGGUAUUUUUUUUUUUGAAAGAUCUAUUGAUUUGGCUCGGUUUGUUAUAAAUUUUGUUUUUUAAUGUAUUUUUGAACAACUUUCAAUUUUAAAGACAUAUUUUUCUUUUCUUAGUGUAUUUUAUAGGUGCGUUAUUUAAAAUUUUUAGAACAUUUUAGUUGUUUUAUGGGACAUUAAAUUCUCAAUAAUAAUAUUAUAUGAUAAAGUAAAAUUUAAAAUUUAACGAGAGAUAUUUUGUGUUAAUAUUUCAGUAUGUAUUUAAAAGUAUUUGGAUACUUUUACUGAGAUAUUCUUUGCAAGUCCGAAAUGGUCUUGUGAAAAAACAAGAUUGAUAGGAAGAGGGGGUCGUCAUUGUCGGCCUUUUUUUCAUUCUGUUUAUAAUUGGUAGGUACUCGAAUUCGAAAAACCGUAAUUUAGUGCCAUCGUACGAGUAAUUUUUAACAGUUAAAACGAUAUAUUCAUUACGAGACAAUUAUAUUAUUUAUGUUUCGUUAUUUUUUUUUUUUUCUAUAAUACGAUACUAUAUAUUCAAAUGCCGCAAGACGUGCGCGAAAAAAACAUUUUAAUGCGAUCCUGACCGCAUUAAUCAACACCCACUGAAGUUCUACAAAAAAAAAAAAUUUCAAAUCCCUUCGUUAUUUAUUUUUUCAACGGAAAACCGAGAAUUUAUUAUAAUUAUAACCAAUUAGAUGAACGAAAUGAUGUUAUAAUAAUAUUUUUCUUUAUAAUAUGUAAUAUUAUAUUUCCGUAUAGUUUUUAGGAUAUAUAUCACGAAAAUGGCAGUCCGACUAAAUAGUCUUAUUGCCAGGAACAGGAAAUAUAAUACCACUCUAUCCGAUCUCCGUUUAACUACUGUCAAAAUCUAGACAAGAACAUUUAAAAAAUAUCCAAAUAUCUACAGAGUGCCUCAUAAAUCAUAACCUAGCGAUUUUCUCAGAGAAUUUUAAGUGAAUUUAAUUUCUGUUUUUUCAAUCAUUAUGGAAUCGGUUUUAUUUUAACGCUAUUUUCAAUUUUUUACACCUACUUCUUUUACCUUAAAUGGGUAUAAGCUUUUAAUCUUCAAACAGAAAAGCUCCCCUACUUUUUUUAAACGUAGAAUAGAGAAUAUUCUUCUUUAUAUAUUGAUAUGUAUACCACUAAUAUCAGAUUUACCGUUUAUGAGUUAUAACAGUUAGAAGUUUACCUCAGAAAAUAAGGAAAAGAUAAUAAAUAAUAAAAUAAUAAAGUAAUAACAAAAUUAUUAAAGUGGUUAUUACUCCUAAAUAAACAUAGUAAAUAAAUAUAAAAAUACAAAUUUAUGCAUAGAAAUAAAAAAUAAAUUCAUGGAUGCGUCGCCUGGAGUAUUAUCAUAUCCAUGUUUAGAUGACAAAUUGCUAAUCUUUCUCUCUUCCGAUCUUGUUGUUAAAUUGUUGACUGAUAACUCAUACAUAGUAAAUUUAUUUAUGCAUAUUGCAUAUUAAACGAAACAUGUUUGGAUAAAUAUUCUCUAUCCGAAUCUGUGCUUAACGGAGGCGUUGUUAUUUAAUUAUGAAAAGUGUAUACUCAUUUAAGUUACAAGGAACAGGGAUAAACAAAUGGAUAUGUUUUGAAAAUAAAGUUUCAAAGAUUCCACAAUGACUGAAAAAAAUAAAAUUCACUUAAAAUUCUCUGAGAAAUUCCUGAUAAAUGGAUCACUCCGUAUACGCAAAUAUAAACAAAAUACUUUAUUUGAUUAUUGAUUUUGAUUGGUCUUUGUUUCUCGCGUAAAAAGUCUGUCAGGAAAAAAAAACACCUAAACGGCGCAUUAUGCUGACCCUCGAGCGAGUACUUGUACUCGAUAGUCCCCAAAGACAACUUCUUGGCAACUCUCCUGACGGUAAUGGAACUGUAAACUUGAUCAUGGCGUUUAUAAUAAUGUUAUCCGACCGAUUAUAUAUCUCAUAUUUCAUCGUCUUGCUCUUCCACAGUAUGGUAUAUACGUUAAUAGUUAAAGAUGAAAUUAUUUUCUUAUUGAAAGAGCAGGUAUAACAGUAUAAUGGAUCAUCAUAUUAUUUUAAGAGUCAACGUUCGAAUAUACAUGGUGAUUCAUUAAGUAUGCUCAACCCAUUUUUAUGGUUACAUUUUUUUUGCCUACAUUAAAGUUCUGAUUUUUGGAAUUUUUAAAUAUUGGCAGCUUUAACUAUAGUUAACGCUGAUUUUUCCGAAUACUUAAGUUUUCACAGAAUUUAAGGAGUAUCUUGUAGUGACACCGCCUUUCGUUUUUAAAUGAGAACUUAUAUUAAAAAUUCCAUGUAUAAAUGAAGUGUUAGUUUAAAUAAAUUUUGGUGUUGGUAUUUUUGAUUUCCAUCAACUUAUUGACGAGAUAUUUCACUUUUAAGUUUGGGCAAGGGGAGAUUAGUGGGGCACUAUGAAAAAGCCAUUCGUCGUGCUGCCACACAAAUUUUACUUUCAAAACUGUUAUCCUUAGUAUUUUAAAGAAGAAUAACUCAGAAACUUUUCGUUCAAAUUUCUAUUAUACAAUACGUUAAAAUGUUCAGAAAAAUCAUCGGAUUUAUUAUUUAUAUUAAACAUGUAGGCUCUCAUUUGAAUAAACAAAAUUAGUAUUGCAACAAGAUACUUUUUAAAUGUUGUUAAAAAUCUAUAAGUAUUCGAAAAUAUCGGCUUUAACUUUACUUAAAAAUUCCAAAAAUUGAAUAUACCCAAAAUUGAAUUAUAAAAAUGGGGUGAGCAUGCUUAAUGAAUCACCUUAUACAGGACUCUGAAAUUCUUUUUCUAACUUAAAAGGACCAAUCUUAAAAGUGGUACAAAUCUUAAUGCCGUUAUAAUAUUUAUUUCGGCUAAAUCAACAACAUUUAAUCUAUUUAUGGAGUUUUAAACGUAGAUUACCGUCUGAAAGUCGGUUUUCGUAUUGAUAAUAUAUUAUAGAUACUAUAAGUUAUAAUCAAUGGUAUUAGAUAUAGUGCGGUUUCAUCGUCUCAAACAUAAGGGCAACUUUAAGAAUUGCCUUUGUAUUACAGAAAUUUAAUCACUCUGUAUAGUGCAGUGUAUUAGUACAUUGUAUACGAGGCCCUUGAAACACUGCAGUCCUUACUCAUAGAGUCGAUAAUAAUAUUAUCAUACUUGUAAUAUACUAUUAUUGUUAUAGCGAUGUGGUGUUUUUUUCCAUGAUAUUUUUUCGAUUCUGGGAGUUGGAUUUUAAAAUUCGUUUCGGCCGCCGCCGCCGGGGUCGACGCUAUUUAAAAACUUAUUAAUUUCUCGGCGCACAGCACUGAUUAUAAUCGAAUACAACACAAAAUAUCUUAUUGUUUAAGACAAGCAAUGAGGAAAAAAAAACACAAAAAAAAAAAACGACGCGCAGUAUAUACGAAGCAGAAGACGACGGAGAAGGUUUUUAAAUUCUGGUAGCUGCAGGGGUUCUCAUAGUCUGCCCCCCAUCGGUCCUGUGUUUAUCGGUCGCAGCUCCCGUCUGACAAAAUCCUUUCAUCAUUAUCGCCGCAUCACACCCUUUUGUUCGAUACGCAUAUAAUAUUAUUAUAUACUCGUCGGCCCGCCCAUUGUAUAGUAGUAAAAAAAAUAAAAUAAAAACUUGAUACAUAUUAUACACCGCGCGGCAGAUAUUAUAGACACGUUAGUUAUUAUUAUUAACUGCUGCCUCACUUAUUAUUAUUAUCAUUACCAUCAUCGUCAAUUGUGUUACCUAUAAUGAUUAAAAUGGUUCGGGGGCCUUUUUCCGAUCUAGCUCUUUUGUACACUGCAGUGUGACGACGACGACUAAUAAACAUUAUGCCGAGACAAUGGAUUUUUUCCACUCGUCCUGGGUCUGCCUGCCUCCUCGCGCAUCGCCAUUCCGCGGUAUGGUUUAUCAAUAUAUUUUAGUAAAAUUCUACCCAUUUCGUUUAUAUCGUUCGUAUCUAAAGAACUAAAAUAUUAUUAGUAUUACUAUACUAUUAUGGCCAGUUGUGUUUUAUGUGUUUCCGAGACGUGUCUGAUGAGAAAAGUCUAAAAUUGUGAUUGGCGAUUUUCGAGAAAAAAAAAAGUAAACCAUUAAGUGGGUGAUUGAGAAUUACCUUAUCGGGAAAAUGCUGAUUGUGUUAAGAAUGCCAUUAAGGCUGCAGUGGAACCGGAAAGCUAAUGGAGAAAACAGGCUUAGAACGUAGUUGGAAGAUUUUGAUUUUAUUGUUACGGACUUAAAGACCAAAGCCGAGCAAAAGAAGACUAUUAUAAAUCAUAAUAAUAUAACAAUCGUAUAACUCGUAAAAGUAUACAAAUACACUUGUACUUGUAUUUAUAUGUCAUAUAGUUAUAGUGGCUUGCUUUACCUUUUAAUAUGAAGGGGAGGGGUUGAGGAUCUGAAUAUAGUUAGUUAUUAUAUAUAAUAAAUUAUUCAAGAUAUUUUCAAGUAAAAAUUGGUACAAUUCUUGGUACUUACUUCUUUAAACUAAUACAUCUGGUAUUACAAAUAAUAAUAUGUCAUGGUAAAGUAGAAUAAUAAGUAAUGUUUUUGUAUUGAAUAUUGUUUUCAAAUAUCUACAGAAUAAAAAUAAAUACAUGGGUAUUCAUAAAGCAUAAAUUAAUUAUUCAAAAAAAUAGUGUCAAAGGGAGGAUAUUACACCUUAAUCCCCCCCGUGAUAUUAUCCUGAGGCCUGAAUAAGUAUAGCUAUACUUAGUUAUACAUUAGUAUAAAACUUGAUGAUAUUAAAUGCUUAUACAUUUGUCAAAGACGUGGCAAAAUGUUCACAUUUUUCACACGUCUAGAAAAUGAUAAUAUAAGCAUUCUGUGGAAAUUUCAGGCCUCUACAAUUCUUUUUUAACCGAGUUGUAAAAACAAAAACACAAAAUAGAAAAUAAUGUGAAAUUGCUAAUGAAUGUUGUGAACUUUCUCGUUUUCACUAAGUUUUUUCUCGGAUUUUCCGAACUGUUAAGAAAACUACAGGGAAAAUCAUAAAACGUUUUUUACAACUUUUAUUCGGAGCAAGAUUUGUGGCAGAGAACAGGCAGAGAACAAAAACAUAGUAAAAUAAUCACACCAAUAAAAUCGUCACUUCGCUCAGAAAACCCGUACUCGAGGGAAUUAAUAACAAUGUGUGCAGUCUCUUCGUGACGUGCGUUUUAUAUUAUGUACCACGCGAAAUCCAGGUAUAAUACGUAUACUCGUAUACUCCUCGUGGAACGUCCGAAUAUUAUAGCUUAUAUAGGUACGUUCAGCAACGAACAAAAACGCAACCGACGACGUUUUUUCUGUUAAACGGGUGUUAAAGAAAAUAAAAUAAUGAUACGACCCUAUACGUGUUAUAUAAUAAUAGUAUUGUUAUUAUUACUAUAAUUUACAACAGUAUGGGUAUACCCGCGAGACUUCGUGCAAAUCGUUGAUAAAUGAUUGUCGCGAACGUUUUCCGUAUAAUGGGAUAUAAUAUAUCUUUAUGGAGUAUUAUUGUGUACCUAUAUUAAGUAAAGGUAUUGAGAAUUUAACUGGGAAAAGAAUCAUUUACAAAAAAAAAAAAAAAAAAAGGCGACAAGAAGAAAAAUUAAUACGAACGGAAUUUGACGAUGACGACAAUGAUGAUAUACGUUACAUAUGUAGGGCGAGCUUUUAAUCUGGAUUGUUAAUGAUAGCCUACGUCAUCACUACCUAUAGGUAUAUAUGUAUAUACCUAUACCCUAGGUAUACCUAUGUAGCUGACGACAACAAAAGCCUUUCAUAACAGUCAUUUAUUGUUGUUCAAAGACGCGCGGCUCUUAUUUUCGUCCAUUAAUUUCUCAACUGCAGUGCAUCUAUGUUGACGAUAUCAUAACAUGUCUCAUUAUUAUAUGUAUUGGGCGAUGCAUGUAUAUAUACACAUAUAAAGAACAAAAGGUCUUCUACCCUACAAUAACAAUAAUAUUAACCUAUUAAUCCUUAGAUGACUAUACACCGAACCUCUUUCAAUCCCUGCUUCUCUCGUUCCCCAUUAUAAUAUUAUUACUGGCUGUAUUACUACCCGGCUCUGCCCGUGCAUAGUGUUGAAUGAAACAAAAAUAAAAUAAAAACAUAUCUCCCCGUGGAAACAAUUGAUUGUAAUAAUUAGAAAAAAAGAUCAGACACUGUUGAUGUGUGUUGCUGUUGUAAGUGGGUAGUAAGAUACAUACAGUUAUUUAAUUGACAUCUGCACGGAACGGUAAAUUAUUGGAGAUGAAAACGAUUCUGAGCGAAGUUCGGUUAUACAUAUAUCAUGAUUUAAAAUGCCGUAAUUUUUACCAGUGAAUAAAACUCGAAAUUUGGUUUAAUUUACCAGUGGUGGCUUGAAGAAGGUAUAUUUGAAUGACGUAAUUCACAAAAAACCGGGUGGGUGGGUCGUAAAUGUCUGGGUGUUCAGAAAUAUAAUUACAAUUAUUAUGGGUAUUCAAUAAUAAAACAUCAUUAAAAGAAUAUUUUAGACUGCGGACAUUUGAUGUGUAUUUCAAGGAAUUAUUUUCAUGGUUUCGUUUUAGUUAUUUAUUUUUCUUUAAUUUUACGUGCCUAUCUACAAAGAUACAUUUUAGUGUAAAAACGAUGACGGUGAAAAUCGAAAAAAAAACAUUCGAAAUUAUAAUAUAUAAUAUUAUUGCGUAACUUUAUAAUAACAAUAAUAUUCGAUCGUUUAAUGUCGCAAUUGAUUUUACACUUCAGGCCAGCCGCCCGCUCGUUCAGUGGGUAUAUAAUAAUAUUAUAUUAUAUGCCGCGAAGACAAAAUUGCCCGGUGAUUAGCGAUUGUCGCGAGAGUGUAAGAAAUUACAAAUUAGGUCACGUUACACUGUCGGGGUUUUAUUUUUUUUAUUUUCGUUAUUGGUAAUCGGCUCUUUUGUACGGACAAUUUAAAUUCUCUAUGGUCUCCCGCGAGCGCUGCGGAGCGGACCGCGGUGGAUAAGUGUUUAUUUAUUUCGUCGGCUAUCGGAGACGGCAGAAAAGCGCGUUAUUUACGGCCGUGUGACAAGAUAUCGCUUUAAAAAAAAAACACCAAAAAAUAAAAAUGUUCAAAAAAUUCUUCUGCCGUAAUAUUAUAGAUUCUGAGCAGAGCGAAGAACGCGUAUUGGUUUAACAAUGAUAUUUAUUUAUACUGUAAACAAAAAUUCUACCAAAAUCUUGCUCCGAUUUAUCAAGUGUAAAGUAUCUUUUCUGAAAGGGAAUUUUAUGUAGUUGAUACUUUAGGGAGUUUAAUCUAUGAUUUUACUAGCAGUUUUCAUAAUAAUUGGGAAAAAACGUAGGCAAAUCGAGAAAAUUUACAAAAUAUAUUGGUAGUAAAAUAUUACGAUUUUUUUUUCUAUGCAUAACUUUUCUACCAGAAAUUUUGCUCCUAUUUACAACAAAAGACAUUUUUCUAAAAGAAAAUCUGACUGAGAAGGUAUUUUAGAGAGUCCAUUUUUCGAUUUUCCCAGGAGUUUUCUCAACAAAUGUAAACACCGAGAUUUUUUUUUAAAUUUUAAUAAGCAAUCAUUAUUUUUUUACGGUUAUUUGUUUUAUUCAAUUUGAAAACUAGACAAAAAUAUUUUGCAUUUUCAAUUAUGAAAUAAAUUACAACUAAUCCAAAUGCGAACCAGACUAAAAACUCGAAUACUCAUGCCGUUAGUUUAGAAUAAGACAGGGUAUAUUAUAUAUAGGGUAAUUAACAUUGUGUAGGUAACACUCAUAAUCUCUUAAAGUAUUAAUUUUUUUUGAAAUUUAUUUGUUAAAAAAUUUAAAAAUAUAAGUACCUCUAAAAUUUUACUUUGCCGUUAUUUUUUGUCACCUUUAUUUUUGGGGUUGAAACCACUACCCACUUCUGAUUUUCAAACAGCAGCCUGUAUUUAAAAUUCCAUAAAUAGAUUAAAUUUUAGUUUAAAUAAAUGUCGGUUGUUGACAACAAUUUUAAUUUCCGUCAACUUGUUGACGAGAGAUAUUCCACUUAUAAGUUCAUCAUUUUGUGGAUAUUUGGGGCUCCCGUUACCCGUCCCCAACCCAUAAAAUGACGAAACUUGUAAGUGUAAUAUCUGGUCACCCGAUUAAGAGAAAUUAAAAAUUGCAACACCAAAAUGUGUGUGUUUGUGAAAUUUCUAAUACCUGGGUUAUUGCUGUUUGUGAAUUAAAAGUGGCUUUACUCCCAAAAAUAAGGACGACAAAAAGUGACGGUAAUUUAACAUUUUAGAGCUGAUAUUGUUAAUACAUCUCAAAAAAAUUGCAAAAAAAGUUAAUAUUCUUCGAGAUAGUGAGUGUCUUACUAUAUAGGGUGUAACUGGAAUAUUGAUCGUCCUAUAAAUAUGAACUUAAAUGCGAUGCAUUUGCCAUAUAGUUAACAAUUGUUUGUUUUGCAGGAAUCAAAGGAAAAUACCGAAAACGGACGGCGGUCCUCUGUUCAAAAAACGGAAAUCAGAAAAAAUCGGUUCGGCUUCGGAGUUCGAUAGCGGGAUGAAGGCAAAGAAAAGGAAAAUGAAUUAAUCAUGAACGAGUGUUUAUUAAAAAAUAAUAAUUAUAAUAAUAAACAAAUAUUCCGGAAUACUCCUCUUAUUGUUUGGUUUUUAGACGCGUGGAUUACGACACUACAUUAUACGUGCAUAAUUAUGGUAAAUCGCCAAAUAUCAGACCACCAAUUAUGUCGUCGUAAUAACAUUAUGCACACUAAUUUACACUGUGCACGCUGCCGUGCGUAUUAUUUAUACGGAUUUUUUUUUU